AUGAAGGCCAGCUGGAGGCCAGCAACUAUUGCUGUACCCAAGGGGUCAGCCCCAGGAAACUCGAGGGCUGCAACCUUUGGCCAAGGAACAAAUCUUUUCAUAACACCAAGAGAUUUUGACUGUGUUUAUUCAGGAAGCGCAGACAGGCUCAGCUUUGGAAGAGGAACGAGGCUGCUGGUGAAGCACAAUAUUACUCCAUCUCCUUCAGUCUACAGGCUGACCUCUGAAGAUGACAGGAAUUUGGAAAUGUGCCUUAUCACGGAUUACUCCCCUGACAAGCUUGAUCUUAGCUCAGUUGAUAGGAAGACGGAAACUGUUGUGGAGGUGGCAACAUCCGAGAACAAAUAUGAAGCGAGCUACCUGUCAACCUACUGGGCCAAGAAGGAUGAAAUGCAGUGUGGUGCCAAGCACGAGGGAUUUGCAGUGCUAGAAGAUGAUCCUGAAGCUGGUGCCAGCACUGUCUGCAUUACAGGGAUGUUGCCACAUUUCAAGACAGAUGAGAACCUGAACAUGCUGACCUUCUCACAAAUGGGCCUGAAAAUAAUUUUAAUGAAAGCAAUAAUUUUUAAUGUGCUGAUGACGAUGCUUAUGAGGAAAAAAAAUGAAUGAAAGUAACCAGACAGUGCAGAUGUGAAGUACGAAAAAAAUCUGUUGAAGAAUCAUUAUUGGAGCAUUGGGUGCAAGAGGUUCUCCCACUGCAAUAGAUACCAUUGUUUUUUCUGUAUAUCACACCAGCCAUUAUAGUGUAAAUUGCUUUGUGUGCAUUUUUAUGAAGCUACUCAAAAGUAUGUUACAAUUCUCUGCAUUCUGCUCAUUCAGCAUGACAGUGCCUUUUUUUGCUUUGGUUUGCUUUUUUUGGAUGAAGCAGAGAUUGCUGUAACUGUGUAUUGUCAAACAGCUCUAUUACUUGCAUUAAAAUGACAUAAAAUUUCUGCCUGAAUUGAGUGACACUCUCACUUCUCAAUCACUCACCUCUCCAUCACAGAAGAACGCUUUUAGCAAAAUUUUAAUGUUGAUAUGGCAUUUCUUUAGGCCUAUUAAAUAUCUACUACUGAUAAUAA